AUGUCUGAAGGAGACGUCAAGCCGCCUGUCGUGGCCGAAGCCCAUCAGGUAGACACAUUCCACGUUCCCAAGGCGUUUUACGACAAGCACCCGCACUCGAAACCGCAUCUUGAGAACCUCGAAGAGUACCAGAAGCUGUACAAGGAGUCCAUCACAGACCCAAAAGCUUUCUGGGGCCGACUCGCGCGCGAACUGCUCACGUGGGAGCGCGAUUUCCAGACCGUGACCUCGGGUAGCUUCGAACACGGCGAUGUCGCGUGGUUUCCCGAGGGCAGACUGAAUGCCAGCUACAACUGCGUCGACCGUCAUGCCUUCAAGGACCCCAACAAGCCUGCCAUCAUCUACGAGGCCGACGACGCGGGCGAUGGCCGCAUCAUCACAUACGGAGAACUCCUCCGCCAGGUCUCGAAGCUGGCCUACACACUCAAGGAGAUGGGCGUAAGAAAGGGUGACACUGUCGCCCUGUACCUGCCCAUGAUUCCAGAGGCCGUCAUCUCAUUCUUGGCCUGCACACGUAUCGGUGCCGUCCACUCAGUUGUCUUCGCGGGCUUCUCGUCUGAUUCGCUACGCGACCGUAUCAUCGACGCCGAGUGCAAGGUCGUCAUCACCACCGACGAGGGCAAGCGUGGCGGCAAGACCAUCAGCACAAAGAAGAUCGUCGACGAUGCUCUCAAGCAGUGCCCCGGCAUCAGCCACUGCCUGGUCUACAAGCGCACCGGUGCCGAGAUCCCCUGGACCAAGGGACGCGACUGGUGGUGGCACGAGGAGGUGGAGAAAUACCCCAACUACAUUGCGCCAGAGUCAAUGAACUCGGAAGACCCUCUGUUCUUGCUCUAUACCUCAGGUUCCACCGGCAAGCCCAAGGGUGUCAUGCACACAACCGGAGGCUACCUUCUCGGCGCAGCGGCAACGGGAAAGUACGUCUUCGACAUCCACGACAACGACGUCUUCUUCUGCGGUGGCGAUGUGGGCUGGAUCACAGGACACACCUACGUCGUAUACGCCCCUCUGCUGCUUGGUGUAGCUACCGUCGUCUUCGAAGGCACACCCGCCUACCCCAACUUCUCGCGCUACUGGGACAUUGUCGACAAGUACAAUGUCAGCCAGUUCUACGUCGCCCCCACUGCCCUGCGACUGCUCAAGCGUGCGGGUGACGAGCACGUCAAGCACCAGAUGAAGAACCUCAGGAUUCUCGGAUCUGUUGGUGAGCCAAUCGCCGCCGAGGUGUGGAAGUGGUACUUUGAGAUUGUCGGAAAGGAGGAGGCCCACGUUGUUGAUACUUACUGGCAAACCGAGACUGGCUCCCACGUCAUCUCGCCCAUGGGUGGUAUCACACCUACGAAGCCCGGAUCUGCAUCUUUGCCAUUCUUCGGUAUCGAGCCUGCGAUUAUUGACCCCGUAUCUGGUGAGGAGAUCCAUGGCAACGAUGUCGAGGGUGUACUGGCCUUCAAACAGCCGUGGCCCAGCAUGGCCCGCACAGUCUGGGGAGCGCAUAAGCGAUACAUGGACACAUACUUGAACGUAUACAAGGGCUACUACUUCACUGGAGAUGGUGCCGGACGUGACCACGAGGGCUACUACUGGAUCCGCGGACGUGUCGAUGAUGUUGUCAACGUCUCGGGACACAGGCUGUCUACCGCUGAGAUUGAAGCCGCGCUUAUUGAGCACCACCAGGUGGCUGAGGCUGCCGUGGUGGGUAUCAAUGACGAACUGACAGGCCAAGCUGUCAACGCUUUUGUAGCGCUGAAGGACGGCACAGAGUCAAGUGACCAGGUGAAGAAGGACUUGGUGAUGCAAGUGCGCAAGUCGAUUGGACCGUUUGCGGCACCAAAGGCGAUUUUUGUGGUGCCGGAUCUGCCAAAGACGCGAUCCGGCAAGAUCAUGCGCCGUAUCAUGCGCAAGAUCUUGGCGGGAGAGGAGGACCAGUUGGGCGACAUCACAACACUUUCGGAUCCGUCGGUAGUCGACAAGAUCAUCGAUAUCGUGCACCAGUCCAAGAAAAAAUAAACGGCUCGACUUGGCUCGGGUAGAUGCGUGGUUGCUAUGGGAGGGAAGCAUGCGAAGCUCUGUUAGUCUGGUGGGGGAGGGAUUCCGUCGCGCUUGGAGGGAGACAAGCGCCGAGCAAUGGCAGUCCUAUAGUGAGACGCAGGCAGUAUGCGCGCUGAGGCAUGACCAUGCUGUGUUUGUUUGGGCGGCCGCCGUGUGCGCCUCUAUGUUUAGUACGAAUAUAGUACGAAUAUGCAGCCGCUAGGUUCACGUUG